AGGCGUAAUCGUCACACGGGCGUUUCUCUUCGACGGAGGAAAGGUUACCUGCUUCAACAGUGCUUGAACGGCAACCCAACUACCGUCUCUCAAAACCUCCAGCUUUAAUUAUUGCUAGCUAACAUUUUUUUCCAGUCGUGUGCGUCACCAUCAACUAACUACGAGACCAUCGACUCGUUUUUUUCUGUGUAAAUAAGAAUUAACGUUUGGAUAACUGGCGAAGCUUCGUAGCAAAACCUAGCUAACGACCAUUUUGUCCUCUUGUUCGACAAUUAGCUCUUGUCUUUGUGAAGGGCAUUAUAAAACGAGGAAAUAGUUCACUGUGCAGAAGCAUGAGUUGCCAAGUGAGACAGAACUUCCACCAAGACUGUGAGGCAGCCAUCAAUCGUCAGAUCAACCUGGAGCUCUAUGCCUCCUACGUCUACCUGUCCAUGGCAUACUAUUUUGACCGGGAUGACCAGGCACUGCACAACUUUGCCAAGUUCUUCCGAAAGCAGUCCCAUGAGGAACGUGAGCAUGCAGAGAAGCUGAUGAGCCUACAAAACCGGAGAGGAGGGAGGAUCUUCCUGCAGGACAUUCGGAAACCAGAGCGGGACGAGUGGGGCAGUGGUGUAGAAGCUCUGGAAUGUGCUCUGCAGCUGGAGAAGAGUGUAAACCAGUCUCUGCUAGACCUGCACAAGGUUGCCUCCGAACGCAAUGACCCCCACAUGUGUGACUUCAUUGAGACACACUACUUGGAUGAGCAGGUGAAGUCUAUCAAAGAGCUGGGCGACUGGGUCACCAAUCUGCGGCGCAUGGGUGCUCCCCAGAACGGAAUGGCGGAGUACCUGUUUGAUAAGCACACACUCGGCAAUAACAGCAGCUAGACACCUCUCUUACUCUAUUGUUCUUUUACUACUUGUGAUUGUCUGAUAGUGGCAUCUUUCAGCUGUGCACUACAGCUCUAUACUACCCUUGUAAUCAGUGCAUUGCCCCAUAGACAAAAGCUCCCUCAAGUCACUCUUGUCUGUCUCAUCUCUCAGUGCCAGUCAGCUUGCUCUUCCAUUACCCUAGUCUGGUGUGGUUCUGCUUAUACGUCUUUUAUUACAGGUAUACGCUCAUAACAAUAAAUUGAACUCUCUGGAUUGUCAA